CACGCCACGUCACCUAGUGCCUGUACUGGGACCGCAAAGCUUAUUUGGAGUGUAAAGUUCUUCAACUUUUCUAUCAAAGGGAACAAAUAUACUUAGGAAAUGCACUGAUCCAGACUCCUCUCACAGAAGAAGUGCACAAGAAGAACAAAAGGAAGUUUCUUUGGUCUAAGCAGAGGCCCCUCUAAUGCACCAAAGGUUUGUGCAGAAUAUUGGUGAAGAUUUCCAAAUAAGAGAGGCAGUGUGAAUGCAAUUCCACCAGGAGAGAAGGCGAUUUCCUUACCUACAGGAAAAGGAAAUUUAAUGGAAAGGACUCGUUUAGUAAGCCGCUGAAGAACGAGGAAGAGAAAUACCCUUAUAGAGGCUGCAAGAGGGGAACGUAGAAAGCAUCUAUUAAGAAAAGUUAAGAGAACUGCUGUAGGCAUCUUCCUUUCCAAGACAAAUUAACUGAUUUUCCUUCAGAGCCCUCUCUGGGACAUUCUUGACUCAUCAUGAAUAUAUUUCGAAUCCUGGGAGAUGUCUCACACCUCUUAGCUAUGGUCAUAUUGCUGGCGAAGAUCUGGAGAUCAAAGUCUUGUGCUGGCAUCUCAGGGAAGAGCCAGAUCCUUUUUGCACUUGUUUUCACAAGUCGUUACCUUGACCUAGUGAUAAACUUCAUCUCCAUCUAUAAUACUGUCAUGAAGGUUGUUUUCUUAAUUUGUGCCUACAUUACUGUAUACCUGAUCUACGGGAAAUUCCGGAAAACCUUUGACAGUGAGAAUGAUUCUUUCCGUCUCGAAUUCCUUUUGGUCCCUGUCACAGGCCUGUCAUUUUUGGAGAACUACAGUUUCACCCCUUUAGAGAUCCUCUGGACUUUCUCAAUUUAUCUAGAGUCAGUGGCCAUCCUUCCACAGCUCUUCAUGAUUAGCAAAACAGGUGAAGCUGAGACAAUCACUACCCACUACCUUUUCUUCUUGGGCCUCUAUCGUGCUCUCUAUCUUGCCAACUGGAUCUGGCGUUACCACACAGAGAACUUCUACGAUCAAAUUGCUGUGGUUUCUGGAGUCGUACAGACCAUCUUCUACUGCGAUUUUUUUUAUCUCUAUGUCACUAAAGUAUUAAAAGGAAAGAAACUGGGUCUUCCCAUGCCGAUCUGAUGAUGCACGUAAGUGGAACAAGCUCCUGAUGACCCUGCUCCAGGACCACAGGAUGUUUUCUCUGUUCUUCUGCCCUAUGGCUUAGCUAGUAUUCAGAGAAAUUGUCUGUUCCUCUACACUGUAACUAGCAAACUCCAGACUGUGCCAGAGCACCUGAGGUCUGGAUAGCUAACACUUCUGGCUUGGCACUUCCUGACUAGUGUUGAGCAAGACUUAAGUUUUACAUUUUCUUUUGUAUUGGCGUGUUCCUUUGAUGACUGAACUAUGCUUGUGACAAAUAAAAAUAGUACAAACUA